AUGCUGGCAAUUGCCAUUCAGUUGCUUUUCAGACGUUCGAAAGUACAGUUGUAACAGGUCCUGGUCAAUCUAGAACCAUGUGUAAGGUUUUUGCCGGGGUAGUGCUUAUUGUACUGGCAGUUUUCAACGUCUUCGUUGAGGCCGAACGUGUUGUGUGCAGUUUCUCAAGAUCAGCAGCAGAUAGAACGGGCGAAUAUGCGUUCGAAAUUACGGACAUACCAAUUUCACUCUGCACCCAUUUCGUCUACGAUAGUCUACAAUUGGGAAUCGCAGUCCAUUCGGACGACACUCCGAACAUCCUGCUCGUCAAUCGCGACGCGGCGGUUGGUGGUUGGCGAAAGUUCGCCGCACUAAAAAGCAUCAAACCAGAGUUGAAACUGUUAAUCAGCAUUCGCAAUCCAUCAAUUGCUCAAGUCGCUUCGGAAUCCCACUUACGUAAAGAACUGAUAGAAGUACUGAUCGAGUAUAUGGCAGAGUAUAAACUGGAUGGUGUUGAACUGUUUUGGGCUGGGUAUGGAAUACAAUCUGAGCAUUCACUCUACCUGCUGGUAGAGGAGCUCAAGAGCAGCUUCCAGGCAGCCGGCCAUUCGACGUGGGAAGUGACCAUACUCGUAGAAAUCGAUCACGAGGGAAUCGAUCAUGCACGGUUGGGUAGGCUACUUGACUACGUACAUAUUGCAGGCGCGGGCGAGCGUAAACCAAAGUAUGGCAACAAUAGCACGAUGCCGUCCGCCAACGCGUUGUUCGAUGUAGAUGACCAGACAAAUAUGACCUUGAAUGAUGCGUUGCAAUACUGGAUCGAUAAAGGCUGUCCGGCGGACAAGAUUGUGCUUGGUGUGGUCUUCAUUGCACAAGUCUUCCAAUUGAAAAAACCGAAUACCGUUAAAACGCCAAUGACAUACUGCACUGUUCCGGAAGAUGGACCGUUUUGCGCUUACAUUGAGAUGUGUCAGAAGUUUAAUGAAAGCGAUUGGACGAUGGGCUGGGACGAUACGGCAGGUCUGGCACCGCACGCAUUUCAGACCGAUUAUUGGGCAGCUUACGAGAAUGAGGCCUCGGUAGGCCGGAAGGGUGAAAUCGCGCGAGAGAAAGGUUUGGCCGGGGUGUAUGCUGUCGCGCUAGAUUUGGACGACUAUCGGGGCAAGUGUGGGCCCGCCUACCCGUUGUUGAAAUCGUUGUGCGGUUCAUACAGACAGAAGGCAAACAAUUAAUUAAAAUGAAAUAAAAAGAAUGUUCGUGUGCUUGGUAAUGGUGCAAUGUGGGUACAGAUGUCGAUACGAUUCGUUAAAAGUUUCAGCAAAUGCAAAGAAAUCAUCCUUAAUUUAAUCAAUACUAUUAAUUCAUUCAAAAGAAUGCAUGAAUUCUUCUUUCUUCUUUGGCUCAACAACCGAUGUCGGUCAAGGCCUGCCUGUACCCACUUGUGGGCUUGGCUUUCAGGGACUAAUUGAUUCCCCCCCAUAGCAGGAUAGUCAGUCCUACGUAUGGCGGCGCGGUCUAUUUGGGGAUUGAACCCAUGACGGGCAUGUUGUUAAGUCGUACGAGUUGACGACUGUACUACGAGAUCGGCCAAUGCAUGAAUACAUAACUGCAAUUUGCACUCCUCUAAUUAGAUGCUUGAUGGACUCUUUCGUUUGAUUUAUGUGACGUUCAAUAAUCAAUAAUCAUUUAUACUCAGUCAUCGUCGCUUAAAGAGUACUGUUUACAGCAACACCGAAAAAAAUCUCCUGCACUGAGCCAUGAUAAGGAUGGCCCACCAACUGGACAAAGAGCAGCAUAAGUUUGAACGACAGCAAACAAAAAAAACCGUUUCCCUUCCCAAAUGGUGGCAAUACUUAUCGCAACGAAACACAUAAACAAACACUCCUUACCUCGUCCCAUUGACUCGUCCCACAUUUUCACCCUUGAAAAACAUACGCUGAUGAAUCGUCCGUGACGGCGGAGCGCUGCAAGGACGGGUCCAACUGCCGAAAUCGCUACCGUCUUUCUUCACCACUACCAACACCACCACCAGUACGUGCGGAUAUGAAUGAACUAAGACACAAACAAUGAAUGAGCCCCAGACCAUAAGAGGGGAAGGUCGACAUGCUGUCGCGAAUGUUGAACGGCGCGUUACGCUACGCGCCAAACUUUUUGGCAAAUUGCCAUAAAGAAUGUGCGACUUUGAGCGGGUGCGAGCGGGUUUCGGUUUCGGUGGGGAAGGGUGGGUUGUACACUGCGAGCUACUGCGAGACCAUGGAUGGGGUCAUCGCCAUACGAGAUUCGCAUCUUUCUUGGACGCACGCUGCUGCUGCUGCUUCCACUGAUGUUUAGGAAAGAUGAGUGAGUUCUCCCUACUGUGCGAGGCCGCUGUUUGGUGUGCUGUUCGCGUUGUGAAGUUUCUGGGUCACAGUAUUUGGGACCGGACUCGGUUUUGGGGGUUUGUGUUUGAUAAAAAGAAAGUCUUUGAGCUGAGUACG